GAUGUGCGACGACGAGAGAUAGUUCUUCAAAGGCAGAUAAACGAUGUCAACAAGUUUAAAACAGGCUUUAAAAUCUCACUUUGGCUUCGACGGCUUCAGGUCUAAACUUCAGGAAGAUGUUGUUAAGGCUGUCAUUCGUGGUAACAGGGACGUGUUUGUAUGCAUGCCCACCGGAGCAGGGAAGUCUCUGUGCUAUCAGCUGCCUGCAGUGCUGGCUGAGGGCAUUACUCUGGUUAUAUCCCCUUUAAUCGCUCUGAUUCAGGACCAAGUGGAUCGCCUGAAGGAGCUCAACAUCCCAGCCUGUUCCAUCAACUCCAAGCUUGCUGCAGCCGAGCGCCGUCUGAUCCUGGCUGAUCUGGGGAGCAGCCGGCCGAAGCUGAAGCUCCUAUACAUCACUCCAGAGAUGGUGGCCUCAACCUCGUUCAAGCCCUGCCUGACGGGUUUGUGCUCCCGCGGCCUGCUGUCCUACCUGGCUGUGGAUGAGGCUCACUGUGUUUCCCAGUGGGGCCAUGAUUUCCGACCAGACUAUCUCAAACUGGGUGAGCUGCGGGCUAGCAUACCAGGAGUACCCUGUUUGGCUUUGACAGCGACGGCUCCCAAAAACGUCCAAGAAGACAUUAUGAAAUCACUGAAGCUGCGCUCGCCCAUGUCCUUUGUCACGCCGGUCUUCCGUAGCAACCUUCAUUACGAUGUGAUCUUCAGAGAUCUGCUGCCAAACCCUUAUGUUCACCUUCAGGCCUUUAUUAAAAAAGCUCUGGAUCUGAGCAGCGGAUCUGCUGGACAGGGCUGCGGGAUUGUUUACUGUCGAACCAGAGAAGGCUGUGAAACUGUUGCUUACCAGCUGACCAAGCUUGGAGUCUUAGCUAAGCCUUAUCAUGCAGGUCUAAAGGGAGCCGAUCGCACAGAGGUGCAGAAUGAGUGGAUGCAGGGGAAGGUGCUGGUUAUCGUUGCAACAAUCAGCUUUGGCAUGGGUGUGGACAAAGCUAAUGUCAGAUUUGUUGCACACUGGAACCUUGCAAAGUCUUUGGCCGGAUACUACCAAGAGUCUGGACGAGCAGGUAGAGACGGUCUGCUCUCUCUGUGUCGCACCUACUAUAGCCGUAAGGAUAAAGAGCAGCUAAGCUUCCUGAUUCGCCAGGAAAUCACCCGCAGGCAGGAGAAACGAGGCACUUCAAAGGAGUCUGACAAAGCAGCCCUUUCUGACCUGGAAGCCAUGGCUCUGUUUUGUGAGCAAGAAGGGUGCCGCCAUGCCAUCAUCUCCAAGUAUUUCGACGACAAGAAGCCAAACUGCGCGGGUGCCUGCGACUACUGCAGGAAUCCCAAAGCUGUGCGGGCACAGCUGGAGCGAGCGGCAACCCUCAGCACCAAGACCGAAGACGGCCAGAGCGGCGGGCCCAAAGGACCCUUCGGCUACCAGCCGGAGCAAUAUGAAGGAGGGAAGAAGGGCUAUGGCUUUGAAAGGUAUGAUGAAGGAGAGGAAGGAAGUGCUGAAGAGGAGGCCAAGAAGAGGAAAAAAGAGUUUUCUGACUUCUACAAAAAACAGAUGAAUCUACGGAAGGGAUCCAACAGCCAGAGAGAGGACUUUGUUCCCCCAGACGCUGACUGUCCGCUUAGAGAGGCCAGCAGCCAGAGGAUCCCCCGGCUCACUGUGAAGAUCAGAGAGCUUUGCCUGUACCGUCUGCGUGAUGCUCUGUGCAGCCACCAGGGGGCACAAGAUACAUUAAGCUGUCUGAGUUCAGCGGUGGAUAUAGAAUAUGAAGCGUUCAAAAGCAGCAAAUCCUCCAACUUGUACAAAGCUGCUAUCUUUAAGAAGGAGUCGGAGAUCAAAUCAGCAGCUGGGACAGAUGAAGGCAGCAGCAGCAGCGAUUCAAGAGAAGCUGAGACAAAACUCAAAGCAGAAGGAAGUUCAUCUUCUUUAUACCCAGAGGAUCUGCAGGGCUUCACCUCUGCUUCUCAGAUCUACUCAAUGAAGCGGAAAAGAGUGGGUGCAGGUGUAAGGGGCUCCUCUAGCUGCUUCCAGUCUGCCAGGAAUCUCCUGGAUCCCUCCACCAAAGAGAUGGAAAAUGGCAGCUUUUUCAGUGACUCUGCCGAGGAGUCGAACUUCAAAAAGAUCAGAGUGACUGAUACACAGAAGGAGACCCCGCCGGCCCAGACGUCAUCCAUCAGAGCCAGGGCCACCGCCAUCAGCGCUUCCCUAAACAGUCCCAGCAAAGGAGGCAGAGCCAUGAGCAGGAAGCAACAGAAGCUGGCAGAAGCGGCAAAGAGUUCUCGAAACAUCUCCCAGUACUUUGUGAAAAAAAGCCUUGCAGAGGAGGAGAGCCGUGAAGAGGCGGAGCCUCUCCUGGAAGCAGGUGGUUUGUUAUCAGAGACUCUGGGAGAGAUUUAUGAGGAGAGCAUCAGGCAGGAGCUGCAAUGUCUGGCUGCAGGGGAAGAAACAGAGACCCAUCCUGAACUUUUAGAGGCUGAUGAUCUGAUCCUGAUUGAACCAAAAACUGAAGUCAUCGUUUUAUCUGACGAUGAAGACGAAGAAGUGGAAAAAAUGGAAACGUCGACGCCGGUUGAAGAUACUUCUCAAGAAGAUAUGACCACUACCACAACGUAUUCUAACAUCAGUAAACAUUUCUAUCAAACUUUACAGGAAUAGUCUUUUUUGUGGAUGCUUAACUACUUUUUUACCUCUUAUGCAGACCAAACAACCCUGAAAAAGCAGAAAAAGCAAAUAACCGACCUUUUGUUCAAGAGUUGGCAGACGAGGUGAAAGCAGAGCAGAAGGAGUCUUCUUCUGAAGCGAAGCGCAGCCGGACGUUAGGAGUAACCAAGAGAAGAGUGACGUUUAACCCGGAGGUGCAGAAGAGGUUGCUCCCGCCGCCCAGCAAGCCCACUGAGGCGGUGACGCUGAAGGAAGCGGCUGAUAUCGUGGUGCGUUAUCUAGACCCCUAUUACCAUCAGGGGAAGUUUGCCAACAAGGCUGUGUUUAAGUCUUUUGCACGGUGCUUGUCUCACCUUCUUACAGAGGGUAAAAGUUGUGGUAAAAGCCAAGUUAAAGGUGAAGCUAAAGAUCUCAUCAAGAGGUUUUUCACCAGCGUAAAGCACUGCGAGAGCGAGGCCGACUGGGAGCACCUUAAGAGUCUGUACAGCUCCAAAGCCACGGAGAGCAGGGAGUGAUGGGACAUGUAGUCUUUUCCUGUCAAAGCCUUAUUCGUCUGUGCCUGCCAGUUCUUCUAGUUAAUAUGAAUUUUAUUUAAUAAGUUUUGAAAGAAGGGCUUUAGUGGUUUUUUAUGUGAUGUCAGUAUAGAGCAAUAAGCAAUUCUUGGUGUUAGAAAAGAGGUAGGACUGUAGGCAUUUAUAGUGAAAAAGUGCUCUUACCGUAAUAGCUUAAUAGCUGAACCGAGGUUCAAAUCUGUGGAGAAAUUAGGUCAAGUUAGCUUGAAAAAUAAGACCAAAGAUCUUAAACUUGAACUACAGUCCACAGGUUUUCCUUUCUGGUUGCCAUCCUGACUCUUCAUAGCAAAA